UUUUUUGAGUUUGGGCAAGGACACAGGGGCCCCAUGAUCCCCUAUUGCCCGGGGCCCCAUGAGUUGUCAGUUCACUCCUGGGUUGGAGCCCCCGCCAGGUUUUGUUUGGGCAAGGACACAGGGGCCCCAUGAUCCCCUAUUGCCCAGGGGCCCCAUGAGUUGUCAGUCCGCCCCUGGACAUAUCAAAGUGCAUCAUGAAUACUUCCAUGUAUUUUUUGGAAAUGCAGGCAGUGCAGGGGCGAACUGACCACACCUUAUGAGGUCUGCUAUUACCAGGGGCGGACUGACCAUUUGGAAACUCGGGCACUGCCCGAGGGCCCGAGGUCAGUAGGGGGCCCCAUGAGAUGCCCCUGGUACCUUUUUCAUAGGAUUUUGUGAGUUUGGGCAAGGACACAGGGGCCCCAU